GGGUGGGGGUGCUGGGUGCCGCCCAGGCAGGACCAGGCACGCCACUGUGCACUGCGUCUAGCUGCUACGCCGCCUCCGGUUUCUCAGUCUCCCUCCCAGUCUGGCCAGCAAGGCCUGUGGCCCAUAAGUCCUGUACCCUGUGUCAGCACGUUAGUCAGCCUUCUCGUCCUGGGCGAGCCACCGCGCCGCCGAGUCCCUAUAAACUCCUGGUGUGGCCCAGCCCUGCUGAGUGGGCCUGUGAGGCCCACAGGCAGAGCCAGGAGCUGCGUGCUGCGGGUGCCGGCCAAGGGGCAGGGCAAGCACUUGGGACAGCAGGAGCCAAGGGCUGAUCGUGGCAGGGGAGCAAGCAGCCCCUGUGGCCUCUUGGAUGCCCUGAGCUGCCUACUGAGGUGGCCAGUCGAUGAGCCGGCCUGCCCCGGGGAGCAGACACCUGGUGAAAGAGGCGCUGGAUCCAGGGCCAUGUCUGGAAAGCGGGGUCGAGCUCGAAAAACCCGAGGCAGGAGGGCGGGCAGGGCCCCGCAGGCAGCCAAGCAGCAGGGCCCCCAGGCUGAGCCCCCGCCCCCCGCCACAGGGGGCCCUUGGGACCAGGCGGGGGUGGCCUCUACAGGGCACGUGACCAGCACCCAUCUGGCUCCCCAGGGACACCCCAGGGCAGCCAGGACAGAGCAGCCACAGGCACCCUGGAGGCCAGUGCAGGCCAUUGCUGUGGGGUCCGAGCAGGUGCUGGUCCUCCCUGAGCACAUGGAGGGCCACGGAGCAGGGGGCCCCAUGCCGGCCCUGGGCCCUGAACUGCUAAGGCUCCAUGAGGUCCAGUUGUGCCUGGCCCAGGAGCAGCUGCUGUUGGAGGAUCGGAGACGGCAGGUCCAGCUGCAGAUGCAGCUGUGGCAGGAGGAACAGCUGUGGCUGCAGCAGCUGCAGGAGGAGCAGCUGUGGCUGCAGCAGCUGCAGGAGCAGCAGGCCUGGGUGCACAUGGAGGGGCUGCAGCUGGCUGUGGCCUUGGAGCAGCUCCGGAGUGAGGGUCUAGAGGCACUGCAGACUCACGGCCAGGCUCCUGGCCCAAACAUGGCUCGUCGCUCCCAGAGUUCCUCACAGGGGGACAACCCACUGGCACCUGGGUACCUGCCACCUCACUACAAAGAGUACUACCGCCUGGCAGUGGAUGCGUUGGCUGAGGGUGGGCCAGAAGCCUACAACCGCUUCCUGGCUACAGAGGGGGCACCCGACUUCCUGUGUCCUGAAGAGCUAGAGCAUGUGAACCGCCACCUACAGCCCCCGCAGCAUGCUGCCCGGGAGCCCCCUGAAGGCAGCCCUCCUGAUGUGGAUAUGGAUGGCUCCUCAGGCACAUACUGGCCAGUGAACUCAGACCAGGCAGUUCCUGAGCUUGACCUGGGCUGGCCCCUGACCUUCGGCUUCCAGGGCACUGAGGUCACCACGCUGGUGCAGCCACCGCCACCUGACAGCCCCAGCAUCAAGGAUGAAGCUCGCAGGAUGAUCCGCUCUGCCCAGCAGGUGGUGGCCGUGGUGAUGGACAUGUUCACUGAUGUGGACUUGCUCAGCGAAGUGCUGGAGGCUGCUGCACGCCGAGUCCCCGUCUACAUACUGCUGGAUGAGAUGAAUGCACAGCACUUCCUGGACACGGCGGAAAAGUGCCGAGUCAACCUGCACCACGUAGACUUCCUGCGUGUGCGCACUGUGGCUGGCCCCACCUAUUAUUGCCGCACUGGGAAGUCUUUCAAGGGCCACGUGAAAGAGAAGUUCCUGCUAGUAGACUGUGCCGUGGUGAUGAGCGGAAGCUACAGCUUCAUGUGGUCCUUCGAAAAGAUCCACCGCAGCCUGGCACACGUGUUCCAAGGAGAGCUGGUCUCCAGCUUCGAUGAAGAGUUCCGCAUCCUCUUCGCACAGUCCGAGCCCUUGGUGCCCUCAGCUGGGGCGCUGGCGCGCAUGGACACCUACGCCCUGGCUCCAUACUCCGGGGCUGGGCCUCUGGUGGGCAUCCCUGGGGCGCCAACCCCUUUCUCCUUCCCUAAACGGCCACACCUGAUGUUCCCUCCGCCCCGGGAAGAAGGCCUGGGUUUCCCCUCCUUCGUGGACCCAGAUCGCCACUUCCUUUCGGCCUUCCGCAGAGAAGAGCUGCCCCGGAUGCCGGGGGGCGCCCUGGAGCCGCACGCAGGGAUGCGGCCACUGUCACGGCGGCUGGACACAGAGGUAGGGCCCAGCGGGGAGUUCGGGGGCCCGCGGGGCUUCUUCCAGGCGCGACACCUGGAGAUGGACGCCUUCAAGCGACACAGCUACGCAGCUGCUGACGGCGCAGGCGCUGUGGAGAAUUUCGCGGCUGCGCGGCAGGUGUCCCGACAGACGUUCCUCAGUCACGGGGACGACUUCCGUUUCCAGACCAGCCACUUCCACCGUGACCAGCUCUACCAGCAGCAGUACCAGUGGGAUCCCCAGUUUGCACCCACGCGCCCGCAGGGCCUGUUCGAGAAGCUUCGCGGUGGCCGCCCCGGCUUUGCUGACCCAGAGGACUUGGCGCUGGGCGGCGGGCCGCGCUUCCCUGAGCUCGGCCCGGAUGUGCAGCAGCGGCUGGAAUAUGUGCCUUCCAGCGCCUCGCGCGAGGUGCGCCACGGCUCAGACCCCGUCUUCGGGCCUGGCCCUGGUGGCCUGGAACCCGGCGGGGCCCCGCGCGCCAACCUGGGCCAGCGUUUCCCGUGCCAAGCGGUGGCGAGGCAAGGCCCGGACACCGCUCCGGAGGCAGAGCCCGAGCGCAGGGCCGGGCCUGAGGGGCGAGCCGGGCUGCGACUCUGGCGCCUCGCCUCUUACCUCGGCGGAGGCCAGGAGGACGUGGGUGAGGAGGGCCUGCCCACGCCCAUGGAAGCCGACGUCUACGAAGACGACGUGCUGGCUCCUGGGAGCCGGGCGCCCUUCCGUGUCCCUGCGGCCUUGCCAGGCAAGGGCUUGUGGCCAGGCUCGGGCAGUGGUGGCGGCGAGAGCUCAGAGCGUGAGGGCACAGAGGAAGCAGGCCUGGUCAAGCAGGAUUCCUUCCGCUCACGCCUAAACCCGCUCAUCCAGCGCAGCUCCAGGCUGCGCUCCUCACUUAUCUUCGCGCAGGCGCAGGCUGAAGGCUCUGGAGGUGCCACAACUGCCACCACUGAGAAGGUGCAGUUGCUGCACAAGGAGCAAACAGUCAGCGAGACGCUGGGGCCCAGUGGAGAGGCCAUGCGCUCCACCGCCUCUGCUAAAGUGGCCGAGCUGCUGGAGAAAUACAAGGGUCCAGCCCGUGACCCAAGUGCUGGGGGAGGUGCGGUCACUGUCUCCAGCCACAGCAAAGCUGUCAUGUCCCAAGCCUGGCGGGAAGAGGUGACAGCACCACCAGGCGCAGCAGGGAGUGAGCACCGCAGCCUGGAGAGCUGCCUGCUUGACUUGCGUGAUUCCUUUGCCCAAAGGCUACACCAGGAAGCAGAGCGGCAGCCUGGAGCCGCUUCACUCACUGCUGCACAGCUUCUUGACACGCUGGGGCGGAGUGGCGCUGACCGCUUGCCCUCCCGUUUCCUCUCUGCCCAGGGCCACUCCAGCUCUCCGCAGAGGCGGGACAGCCCCUCUCCAGAAGGGCCUGCUGCACACCAGGUGCCCCUUUCUGAGCCAAAAGGGAGCCCCACCUCGGCCUACCCAGAGCAAAAGGGGAGCCCCACGCCAGGGUUAUCCAAUCGGAGAGGCAGUCCAACUCCAGGAUUUAUUGAACAGAAGGGGAGCCCCACCUCGACCUAUCCAGAACGCAGGGGUAGCCCAGUGCCCCCUGUGCCUGAGCGCAGGGGCAGCCCAGUGCCCCCUGUGCCUGAGCGCAGGGGCAGUCUCACCCUUGCCUUGUCUACUGAGUCUCCUAAGGUUGGGAGCACCGAGGAGGUGGCCGGAGGCCCUAUGGAAGUCCUGCGCAAAGGCUCCCUGCGUCUCAGGCAGCUGCUGAGCCCCAAGAGUGAGCGUCGUGGGGAGGAAGAGGGCAGCUUCCCAGUGCCACAGGAGAAUGGGCAGCCAGAGAGUCCCCGGCGGCCAUCUCUGGGCCGAGGUGAUAGCACAGAGGCUGCUGCAGGGGACGAGCGGGGUCCAAGGGCACGGCUGUCUUCAGCCACGGCCAAUGCCUUAUACAGCAGCAACCUACGAGAUGACACAAAGGCCAUUCUGGAGCAGAUCAGCGCCCAUGGUCAGAAGCACCGUGGAGCUCCAGGCCCGGGCCCGGCCCACAGCAGCCCUGAGCUGGGCCACUCGCCAGCUGCUGGAGGCCUGGCCCCAGACAUGUCCGACAAGGACAAGUGUUCGGCCAUCUUCCGAUCGGACAGUCUGGGUACGCAAGGACGGCUGAGCCGCACACUGCCUGCAAGUGCAGAGGAACGGGACCGCCUGCUGCGCCGCAUGGAGAGCAUGCGCAAGGAGAAGCGUGUCUACAGCCGCUUCGAGGUCUUCUGCAAAAAGGAAGAAGCCGGUGGUUCUGGGGCAGGGGAUGACCUGGCAGAGGAGGACACCAGAGACAGCAAGGUGGGCAAGUUCAUGCCCAAGAUCCUGGGUACACUCAAAGGCAAAAAGUGAGUGGCCCAGCAGCCCAGCCCAGGGUGCUGCGUCACUGCCACCCUGCGCCCGCUGGGCAGGGAGCUCCGUGGCCCUGUGUUUGAGAGGCGACCAGCAUCCCUUACACCAGAGCAGCUGAGGGGCUGGGUGGACUGGACCCGCUGGAGCUCAGCUGUACGUGGGGCUCCCCGGUAGCUGCCUGCCUCUCCCCCACUCUCCUCCCUGGGCUUUCAGUCCUCAGCCAGGCGCCUGUGUUCACAGUUCUCCCUCCUGCCUCCACCGUCUCCUCGGACCUUCACUCGCCUCAGGGAUCUUUCUCUGUGCCUCUGUCCUGCUUUCAGGGACCUGACACUGUGUGUCUCUGAUCCCCCUCUCUUGGGGCCUUUUGUCUCCUCAGGGAUUCCGUUUUCAGGGUACCCUUCUCAGACUUCUGAAUCUGCUGCAGCCCACUCCACACCUGCCUCUCUCCUGUCCUUCGCCAGGGCUCACUUCCCUGCUCGGGCCCCAUCUCCUCGCUGCCUCAGGGCACCUUCUUGGUGUCCAUCCUCUUGCUCUGGGGGAGGCAGGACUGGUUGCAGACAGUGUUGUAGGACCCAAAGGAAGCUCCUCUUGGGGUGACAGGGUAGGCUUCUGGGAAGGAGGGAUGCAGGGGACCCCAGAGGGGCUGCCCUGCCAAGUCUGCCCUUCCUACAGCACAGCCCUGGGAGGUGUGGGGAGGCGUUAGAGGGGAGCCCUGGGCUCAUCGACAUAAUAAAGAGUCUGGACUGACACCCUGAAGCCAGUCUCACUAAGUGUCCCCCAAACAGGCACCCCACCCCGAGGGCAGGAUGUGGAGUGCUGGUCCUCCAGGCGAGGCAGCAGGCAGCGUGUGGUGGGCCUGAGCCCAGCCACCUUCCCCAGGGCAUGGCUCCUAGGCAUCCCUGCGUGGCGUGACCCUUGCCCUGCGGGUGCCCAGCAGGCACCCUGGCCUUGGUCCUUUCCUGUUUCAUCACCAACUUGCAGAAUCUGCCCAAGACCCUCCAGGUCACCAUUCUUCUGUCUUUUUCCAUCUCCAUUAAUUUGUUUUUUGGGGGUACCAGGAAUUGAACCCAGGGGUACUUUACCACUGAGCCACAACCUCAGUCCUUUUAAAUUUGAACCCAGGGCCUUGUGCUUGUGAGGCAAGCACUCUACCAACUGAGCUAUAUCCCCAGCCCCUUGAGGCUGGCUUUGAACUCUCGAUCCUCCCACCUCAGCCUCCUGAGCCACUGGGAUUAAAGCUGUGCCCAGCUCCAUUAAAUAAUUUUAACUGAUUGGGAAUGACAUGUUUUACCACCAAAUGAUUAGAAAAGCCCCCACUAUUAGGGGCUA